GGGUUGCCUGUCAAAUAGCGUUAUUUAAAGUAAAGUAUAGCAUUUCGUAGAAGCAAAGAUAUUUUCUAUGAAUUGUAGUAGUCUACACGGAACAUUUGUAUAUAAUUUAGUGGAUUGUAGAAACAAGUGUUACUGACAGUAAAGAACUUGCGAUGCUCGACUAUUUAAUUAAUCAUUACAUUGCAUCGCCACAAACUUCGCAAAAACUUCUAGCAAUGAGUCAUUUGACAAUAUUGUUUUUUACUGUCACGAUACAAAAUCCAAUAUCACAUUGCUACACAAAUACAUAAUUGUGAUAAAUAUACACGUACGCGAAUUUCCUUUCAGUAUGUUUAAAUGUAGUUGUGUUGCAAAUGUGCCACAAUCUAGCACUUUACAUGGACUUUUAUCUACUUAAUUAUACAUGGUAGCGUACACAACUAUUUGUAGGAAAGUAUUGGGACAAAUAUGUACUUGAACAGUUCGUGCUUCCGAGUUUGUUCGGGAUAGUCGUUACGACAUACCUUAACUGUGAUCGUGUUCCAGGCACAGAUUGUAGAUAAAUUGCAGAACACGUUUGCAGCGAUGGCCGACGAAAGAUUUGAUCUUUGCGAAUGCAUAUGGAACCAUGAAUUGGCGACGCAACGCCUACUCGCUAUCUUGAGGCAGAGCCAGAAUUACUGUACGGAGACUGAAUGUUUCUUGCCGGGAUCACGCGACGUUCAAGAGUCCUCAGACUUUCUCACGACUUGUUUAAUUAUUGCAUUCGGGAUCAUUAUGUACGUUCUUAGACCGAACUCGCUUCGUCGAUUGAGAAACGACAAUGCUAAAGAUUCAGAUAACAGACGUGAUUCAAACGAUGACCCUCCUGCACCGCCACCAACAGCGUUUUAAAACGAUAACAAUGAUAGCAAUAUGAUAACGCGAUAUGUUUUCGUGUGAAUUUUCAUGACAGAAUCUCAUGAGUUCAUGAAAAAAGCGGGAGUAGAGAAAGGAUAAUAACGAUUUGUCCAAUUUAUAUAGCACUUGAAUACAUAGACUGCUACUAAGGAAUGUAAUUUCUUAUAUACACUAGAAAGCAUAAUUUAUACAAAUUCUUUCUCUCUCUCACUUUUUCCUUCAGUCUUAUUACUAAUCUCUAUCGCAUACCGGGAGUAUGCGUGAAAAAUUCUAUAAGAAUAUUUUCAUUAAGUUAACCAAAUGAAAAAAAGAUAAAAUCGAAAAUCUAAUACUUCGUCGCGAGCGAGCUAAAAGUAAACUUUCGCGAGCACAUUCAUUUAAAAAACACACUGAAUUGUGGCAACCUGAAAUAAAUUGCCUUGUAUUAGAUUCUUACAAUAAUUGCAUCUAAUAAUCAUCACGAAAAGUUUUAAAUGUAUUUUGAUAUCUGAUGUUAUUGUAAAUAGCCUGAGUACCUGCAAUACAAUAGUAAUGUUGCAUUACGGUAUUUAUGUUAGUAUUGAUAUAAUAUUAUUGGAAAAAUGUAAAUUGGAAUUUUAUGGCGAAUUUAAAUAAUGUUAGACAAAGCGAAUGUCAUCUAUCGAUACCUGUUUAUUUUUAUUUUUUGCGCAUUGUAUAACCAUAGUAUAUAUUAAGGAGUUUUUCUUUCAUUUUGUUUUAUUAUUUUUUUUUUUUCAAGGGAAUGGUGCGAUCAGGAUAGAAAACUAGAUAUGAAUAUAGCAGUAUUACAGAUAAUUCAUUCGAUAUGAAUAAAGAAAAUUGAGUAUUUAGAAAAAAUUUUCGAUAAGUUGCGAAAUUGUUCAUUUUCUCUUUCCUCGAAUUAGUAAAAAUUUAAGCUUCGAGAAGUAGUAAUUUAAGAAUAGAACUUAACGACUGUCUGCGCUGAGAACGAAAUAAGGCAUUUACGAUAUAUUUAAAUGAAUUUAUCUCUUCCACUGUUGUACAUUCCCAUAUCAAAUUUUCGACAAUAAAAUAAAUAUCGUGCAUUCUACAUAA